GAGGACGCCCGCGAAGUGGCCACAGAUGUCUUUAAUUCCAAAAACCUGGCCGUCCAGGCACAGAAGAAGAUCUUGGGUAAGAUGGUGUCCAAAUCGAUCGCCACCACCUUAAUCGACGACACAAGCAGCGAAGUGCUGGAUGAGCUGUACAGAGUGACCAAGGAAUAUACCCAGAACAAGAAGGAGGCCGAGAAAAUCAUCAAAAACCUCAUCAAAACCGUCAUCAAGCUGGCCAUCCUCUACAGGAACAACCAGUUUAAUCAAGACGAGCUGGCCCUGAUGGAGAAAUUUAAGAAGAAGGUUCAUCAGCUUGCCAUGACGGCGGUCAGCUUCCAGCAAGUGGAAUACACCUUUGACCGCAACGUGCUGUCCCGGCUGCUCAAUGAGUGCCGAGAGCUGCUCCACCAGGUCAUUCAACGCCACCUCACCGCCAAGUCGCACGGACGGGUUAAUAAUGUCUUCGAUCAUUUUUCAGAUUGUGAUUUUUUGGCCGCCCUGUACAACCCCUUUGGAAAUUUCAAGCCCCACUUACAAAAACUUUGUGAUGGGAUCAACAAAAUGUUGGAUGAGGAGAACAUCUGAGACUGCGCACGAAUGAUGUGAUUGCUUAUGAAUUCUUGGAAGAUGGAGCACUGUUGAUGAAUGAAGGAAUAAACGAUUUCUGAACGAUGACCUCUAUUUCAGGUCAUUCACUUGUCAGAUAUGAAUGAAAAUG